AUGACGGAUUUCUCCGACAAAUCGCAGGGCGCGAAUCCGUUCCGGCCGUACGCCGAGUCGACGGGCAGCCGCACAAAUGCAAUGUUCGAGGAGCUGCGAAACCCGCUGGAGGGGCUGCGCGCAGCAACCAACGGGCAAUUCGAGAGCCCGCUGGCACUGCCGCCCAACACAUCGGUGGUCAUAGAGGACCUGGAUUCGGCAGCUAGCGAGCUAGUCAAAUUCGCGUGCUACCGGUACGCAGCAACGCUUGCAGCCAGCCCCUUCAGCAUGGCACAGACGCUGCUGCAGGUGCAGUGUCUGCCGGAGGCCGCGCGGCAGGACGCUGUGAAGCAGGACAAGGCCAGCGAGGAGGAGGACGAGGGAGAGGCGCCGGAUCCCGACGACCCGGCGUACUACGAGUACCUGCGGGCGCGGGCUGCGGGCAGCAGCGCGCAGUACCGGGCAGCACCGCGGGUGCGGGCGGACCACAAGGGGUAUGUGGACGGGACGCGGCCCGGGUACCAGCUGGCAGCGCUGGCGGGCGGCAAGUGGGCGGCGCUGCGGGCGGUGGUGCGGCAGCCGACCGAGGGCGUGCUGAGUCUGUUCAAGGGCUCCUUCACGCAGUGGGCAUACGACAUGCUGCAUCUGCUGCUGCAGCCGACGCUGGAGGGAGCCAUGAAUGAGCUGCUGGGGCUGUACGAUAGCGCUGCGCUGGGCGCGUACAUUGAUGCUGGGGCGCCCAGCGCGCUGACGCUGGUAGCGUCGCACGUGAUCGUGGGCUGGCUGCUGGCGCCGCUGGAGGUGGUGCGCACGCGCCUGGCUGUGCAGAGCGCGUCGCCUGUCCACCGCAAGUACCGCGGGACGCUGCAUGCGCUGCGCACGGUUGCGCGCGAGGAGGGCGGCCUGGUGGGCCUGUACGUGAGGGCCGCGCACGUGACCGCCACCCUCAUCAAGCACGCGCUGGACCCGGUGUUCCGCAGCAUGGGCGCCUUUGUGCUGGGCCGCGCAGGCAUCGACGCCUACGACCACCCGACGAGCUUUGCGCUGGGCGGCCUGGCGUGGAAGACCCUGGCGGCUGUGGUGAUGCUGCCCAUCGACACCGUGCGGACGCGGCUGAUGGCCCAGCCCAAGUACGAGCGCCGCCAGGACGGCUUCCGCGAGUUCCGCACGUGUGUCGCGCGGUCGCCAGUGCCCUACACGGGCAUGGCCAACUGCGCCUGGCGGAUUGUCUCCGAGGAGGGCGAGUCGCUGCCUUCCCUGCAGCGGCGCCGGGCUGCCAUGGCGCGGGCCCGGGCCGGCUGGCGACGCCGACAAGGCUGA